CGACGGAGGCGUUAUGCUCCGCGAACCCGUCAAGGUUGCCUCACCUGUCGUGCUCGCCGAAAGCGUUGUGAUAACCAGCGCCCUAUUUGUCACACCUGUACCCGUAUUAAUGCAGAAUGCCGAUGGCCAGACAAGCUUCAGAUUUCAGAUGACCGUAGGGGAGCAAAUUCUUUACAGAAUCAGGAUAGGUCUACUGUUAUCCUCUCGAAUUUGGAAUCACUCGAUACGGAGACCAACAACCUUGAUGUAAGCUUAGCGACAGAUCUCAACACCACUGAGGCUUCUCUUGAGCGUCGCUUGUUAACCUACUACAUACAUACCUUCAUCCCUCAAGUCACUCUCGUCCAGUCGUCAUCGAAUUUCUUUACUUCUCUUUAUAUCCCUAUGGCCUUCCAUCAUACCGGGGUGAUGGAUGCGAUCAUCGCUUGUGCUGCAGCUCAUCUUGCAAGGUCGGUGCUUGGACCAGAAAAAAUCCAAGAGCUCAAUGCUGUGGUUAUCCAGCGCCAGCAGCAAGCGCGUGAAUUCGUUACAAAACAUACGCAGAGACCUGAGCGCCCAGAAUGGGAGGAAUGCAAGCUUGAAGUUGUUGUAGUUCUCCUGCUAUUGAUUGGGUUAGAGUCUCAAACAGGAGGUCGAAGUUUGCGGUGGAUGCAACGCGUCAAUUGCGUGCGGCAAUUGCUUCAAACCUAUCCAGCAACCGCAACGAAAAUGUGGAGCGAGUGGGACGCAGAUUGUAUUCAAAGACACUUUUUGCAUCAUGAUGUAAUGGCCCUCAUCAUGGAGGAUGUGUUGGACUCGGAAACAAAAACAAAUCUAUCGAAUAGAAGCGACUUUUUUCAGCGCAGAAACGCCGCUCAAGGUGUUGACUGCCUCCUUGGGCUGUCCAGGAAUUUGUUUAGCAUCAUCACACAGCUGCGAAGUCUACCCAAUCGAGAUUCCCAGCUUAUUGACAUGGAUGCACCUGAAUUUCUCAAACUUGAAACUGAUUUUUCAAACUGGAAAUACGACCACGAAAUGGCAUCGACUCUAGACCUCAAUGUCCGUUUGGAUUUGAUUGCGCUUUCUGAAUGUCAUCGUCUCGCCGCGCUAAUCCUGCUCUAUCGGCGAUAUCCCAGCCGAUUGUAUUGUUUACCACACUUGGCAUCACAAAUUAUGUGUAUUGUUUCUAGAAUUACCCCAAGCAGUGGGGUACUCUCUGCUUUGACUCCCAUUCUCUUUUUAGCUGGUGCUGAAUUGAAUUCUGAGGUGGACAUAGCACUAUGCGCAGCAAGGCUAAAGAGCAUUAGGGAGGCCAGCAAGAUGAUGAACAUAGCCUCUGUUGAAGAAGUCCUUCGAGCUGUAUGGAAAGAACGAUUACAGAACAGGGUUCGGAUAGAUUGGCUGGAGAUCCUCCGGGCUCGGCGAUGGACCUUUAGCCUUGGAUAA